AUGCAGGGGCACAAUGGCAACCCAGCAUGGCAGCACCGCUCAGAUGUUGAUAUGCGGUCUGUUGAUGAUCCGAGUGAGGGCAGUCUGGCCCUGUCUGGCGAUGUCGGAGGUCUGCCUGGAAUGGAUGGAGCUAUAUUUCCCGCUCAACCAGGCACUCUCCUCCUUGCUAUCAUGGAUCCGAUCCUACAGCGACCGUUCCUUACAGUCGUCCCGUUCAACAUCGGAAGGGACAUGCUGAGUCAGCUAAACACCAUGUGA